CUGGACAAGAAUCCGACUCAUUUCGACUAAGGCUUAUCUUAAUAUCUAAAUACCAUAAACUCGUUUGCGAUACCUCUGACAUAAUGGGCUCUGCCGAUCAGAGCCGCGAAAGUCUUGGCCUUCUCGGUGGCCUUCCCCUUGAGCUUCUAAGCCAAGUCAUCUGCACUUUGCCUAAUGUCGACAUCAAGAGCCUCCGGCUGACGUGCUCUUUUCUCGGGGCCAACGCUCUUCCACGCCUCAAUCGAGCAUUUAUAUCCACGAACCCACGCGACAUUGAGGUCUUCACCUUGAUCGCAAACCAUGAUGUCUUCCGGUUCAAAAUUACCGAGAUCAUCUACGAUGAUUCUCGCAUUGAUAGCUCCCGUGCCAGGCAGUAUGAAGGCGUGUAUGAGGGAGACACAGACGACCCCACAAGAGUGCCGUACUGGUUCCAACGGGUUUACGGUUCUAUGAUUCACGUCAUUGACUCUAAGGAGGAGCAGUAUCCGUCCUUCCCUCAUAUCAAGGAAGCUUUCAAGAAUCGCCACUCCUUGGCUGAAUCAUACGGAGUAUAUCGCAAGCUUAAAUCGCAGCAAGAUGAAGUGCUUGCCUCGGGUCUUACUUUGAGGCCUGCUGCUCAUGGAAAACUCGGAAGACCUUUGUAUCCCACGCCUACUAUCGUAUCUCUUCCACAGGGUCUAAUAUGCCCUCUAGAGCGUGGUUGGCCUGUGUCAGCCCCAUUGAAGGAACAUCCUCUUACGCCAUGGGAUGACAGAUCCAGGCAAGAAUGGCGUGGAUUCUGUGUCGUUACGAAAGAGAUCGCUCAGCACGUCCGUGAGAACCCAAUGUGUGGCCUUUCCGAGCUUGUUGUGGAAAGCCGGCAGCUUUGGACAGGAAUAAGCUGCCGUGUCUUUGACAACCCAGUGAGUGAGGAGUAUCGAGAUCUUGUCACCAUCCUGAGUCACCCUCCACUGAGACGCUUGGAGUUAUCACUUGCCUGCGGUAGUGAAGCUAGGGAGAAGUGGCCUUCUUUCCGAUCCGGACUCCUCUUGAAGGCUCUGAGCAAGGCAAAGAACUUGCAAGAUCUUCGUUUAUAUACUAGCAUUACUCUCAUAAGCAGGAAAUGGAACGACUUUGUGGAUGAUGAAGAGAAUGGUAUGCCUCUGCAGAGCAUAUUCCCAAUCAACGAGUGGUCUAAUCUACGUCGCUUUGCCCUUUCUCGUUCUUUUGUCAAGCAGAGAGAUAUUAUGACCCUCAUUACCGCCCUCCCAUUGACACUCGAGUCGCUUGAAUUGAGCUUCCUCAGUUUUCUUCACCGUGAGGGGAAUUACAGGAAUUUAUUACAGGACAUGCGCGAUAACUUGGGAUGGAGAGAAAGGCUGGCGGGCAAUCAGCCAAAGCUCGUUGUGUUUGUUGUUGAGCCUGAACUCACAACAGAUGGCGCUGCUAUAGACGUCAGUCAUGCGGCAAUGGAUUACAUGUAUCACCACGGAGAAAAUUCAUUUGUAGAGGAGCAGAUCAUGGAGGUUGUGGAGGGCAAAGGGACACAACACAGGCUCAUCCCUAUCUUUUGUCCGGUCCUCUGCAUCAAGACCUGCGACAAUGGCAUCCUGGUAUGA